CCGGUACGGUCUGAGCAUGUAACCCACAACGCUCCCAUACCCCAGCUGUCAUAGCAGCAUAUACUCAGACAUGAGUCCAUCCAGUCCCACGAGGACGAAGUCGAAGCCGGCGACGCUGUCUGCAUUCGCAGCGGAGAUCACGAUUACUCUGCGACAUUCCAGACGAGGCGGAGAGGGAGGCAAAAGCCCUCGGACCCCUACGGCGGAUGAUCGGGGAGAGAAUGGAGGAGGGACAUGGCGAGGCUGUCUUUGAAGUCGGGUGCGAUGACCGAGAUUCAGGGAAGACUUUUGGGUUUUCGAGGGAGGAGUAUGAGAAGGCGGUUGAGACGCUGCGGCGGGUGUGUGAGGGGAUGGAGCCGCCGUGUAUAUUCUCUGAACUUUCGACGAGGAAUUUAGGGAGAGAGGGUGAGCCGACGGGAGAUGGGAAUGGGUGUUCGAGUAGGGUUAUGAUUCGACGGACGAGUGCGGCGGCUACGGAUACGCUUGAGGUGAGGGUCGCUGUUGUGGGGAAUGUGGAUGCGGGGAAGAGUACCAUGCUUGGUGUCCUAACGAAAGGUGCUCUUGAUGAUGGGCGCGGAAGAGCGAGAAUAGCGCUUUUCAGGCAUAAACAUGAGGCAGAAUCGGGACGGACCUCGGCUGUUGGGAAUGAGAUAUUGGGGUUUACGCCGAUGUCACAGUCGAUCCUCCCGACUGGUGCGGUGCAUAAGUUGACGUGGGAGGAUAUCGCAGCGAAAGCUGCAAAGGUGAUUUCAUUCAUUGACUUGGCCGGCCAUGAGAAGUACUUGAAAACGACGGUGUUCGGGAUGGUCGGUCAUUUACCCGACUACUGCAUGCUUAUGGUCGGUGCGAACGCCGGACUCGUCGGGAUGAGUAAAGAGCAUCUCGGAAUCGCGUUAGCUCUCAACGUCCCCGUUUUUGUCGUCAUCACCAAGAUCGACAUGUGUCCUGCUCCGGUCCUCCAAGCGACGAUCACCCAACUCACCAAAAUCCUCAAAAGUCCUGGUGUGCGCAAGAUGCCGCUGUUCAUCGGGAGUAUGGACGAAGCCGUCACGAGCGGGAUGCACUUCUCUGCGUCGCAGCGCGUUUGCCCUAUAUUUCAAGUCUCGAACGUCACGGGACAGGGCUUGGAUUUCGUUCGCUCUUUUCUCAAUAUCCUUCCCGUCCCGACUCUGACGCACGGCGCAGACGAACCUGUUCUAUUCCGCGUAAGCGAUACUUUUUCUGUCCCAUUCGUUGGCGCGGUCGUCUCUGGCGUCAUCGAGCGUGGUACGGUACGGGCGGGGGAUACACUUCUUCUAGGACCAGACGCGACGGAUGGAUUCGUGAGCGUGGGUGUCAGAACUAUCCAGCGAAAGAGGGUGAACGUGCCCUUCGCUACCCCAGGACAGAGUGUCUCCUUUGCUUUGAAACGCCUACGGCGAAAAGAUAUCCGAAAAGGCCAAGUCCUCCUCUCAAUCCCCGAACCUCCCACACCCCACCCGCACGCCAUCUACGAAUUCGUCGCAGAAGUGCUGGUCCUCUACCACGCAACCACCCUAAAACCAAACUACCAAGCCAUGGUCCAUAUCGGCUCGAUCACGCAGACUGCACAGGUCGUGGAGAUUUUGGAUCGGGAGGAGGGGGAGAAGAUAUUGAGGACGGGGGAUCGGGGAAGGAUCAGGUUUCGGUUUAUUCGGCGGGGGGAGUUUUUGGUUGGGGGGGAGAAGGUGUUGUUUAGGGAGGGGAGGACGAAGGGGUUGGGGAGGGUGGUGGAGGUUGGGCCGCAGUAGGUUCCGCCGUGGAGGAUCCCGUGAUAUUGGAUAGGAUGGAACAUAGCUUUUUUGGAUGGUAUGGAAUGGAAUGCGGAUCGGAAAAGGGGUGUACCACUG